AUGUCAUAUAGGGGGCGUGGGGGGUUUUCUGAAAGGAGAGGCCGUGGAGGCUAUAGAGGGGGAGGGGGUUAUAACAGCCGGUCAACCAUAGUAGCAGAUAGACCAAGAAGGUCACCUGAAUGGAAACGAAAUUCCUCAAGAGAUAAUUAUGGAAGAGAUGGAAACUGGACUGAUCGAAACCGAGACACAAGGAGAGAGGAAGUCCGCACUACACGUAGAGAUACUGAUUUCCGCGACAGUCGCAGGUCAGAAUUUGAAAGAGAGAGAUAUGAUGAUCGUCGCGAUGAACGGAAUAGAAAUGGAAAUCAUUUUGAAAGUGAUUUUAGACAGAAACGUAAAUAUUCUGGAGAACGUAAUCAAUAUCAAGAUACCCGAUCUGAAAGAGGAACAAACAAUUACGAACACCCAUCAACAGAAUAUCCACACAAAAGGCAACAUUUUGAAACAAGAGGUAGAGGGUUUAGAGGUAGAGGAGAUCUUCGUUCACGAAGGGAUGAAUUAUUUAGGGAAAGACGAUCAUUUCGCGAUUCUCAAAGAGCACAUUCAAGUUCAUUUGAUAGAUCAAGGAAUACAUCUGGUCAUAGGUCAGAAAGAGGCUCUGAUCGCAGAAAUAUUUCAAAUUAUAUUUCUAAUAUUCGACAUGAGACAAGUCCACGAGCAGCAACAGAUAAAAGUGCACAUGUUGCUACCAAGGAAGAGUUACAAUUAGAAAGUCAAGUUAUAGAUGAAAAAUUUUAUGAAACAAUGACACUGGAUCAAAGAGACUACAUAGCAAGUAAAGCCUUGCGCAUCUUAGUCACAAAGUCAGAGGGACAAUGUAAGCUAAGUGAACUGGAAUAUGAAUUAAUGGAUAUUAAAAUCAUGUUCGUCUCCUCUGAACUUUUUAUGGAAUUUUUACAGAGUUUUAUGGAUGAUGAUAAUGUAUUUGAAAUAAUAGAAGCUGAGCCAGAAGAGGAAGGAGACAAAUGCAAGGAAAAUAAGGAUAAUGAGAAAUCUUCUAAAGGAUCGAUUCAGGUAAAGAAAGAACCGGAAGGAAAGGAUGGAACUGAUCAAGAUGAGGAAAAGAGUUUUACAAAUAUAAAGGAUGCUGAAAAUAAGGAUAAAGUAGAAAAUACUGAAAAUCAAGAGGAAGCGGAAAAUACUAAAAAUCACGGAGAAGUCGAAAAAACUGAACAUAAGGAUGCAGAAAAUCCGCAGGAGCCAGAUAAUAUGGAUGAGAAUAAUGAUCAGGAGGAAGCAGAAGGGGAUUCUAAGUUAGAAAAUGUUAUCAUUGUGGGUCGUCCUAAGAUUAUGUUCUGUCAGAAGUAUGUUACCAAUAUCAGCUCUUGUUCUAAAAAUUGUGGAGCUUUACAUAUUUGCAAGUUUUAUAUUUUGAGUAAAUGUAAUGCUCCUGAUGAUAGAAAUUGCUGUUUCCGCCAUUCCUUAGACUCUGAACACAACCAAGAAGCUCUCAGAUUAAACCUACUUCAUACCUUUUCCAUUGAUCAUCUUAAAAAAGCCUUGUCUCAUCUGAAAUAUCGUAAUCCGACAACUCUACCACCUAUCUGUUGGUUUUAUAAUACUAAAGGCUGUAUCAAGUCCCAAGCUGGUGGAUGUCCAUUUCUCCAUAUGUGUGAGAAAAUACUUGAAGGAGAAAAAUGUGACAAAGGAAAGAAAUGUUUAUUGAACCAUGAUAUUUUGACAAAUCGUGAAGUACUGACAAGGUUUGGUAUGUGGUCACCAGAGUAUAGUAAAGAUGAUUUAAUGAAGGUCAUCUCUGAGAAUUAUGUUGCGCACGAGUCAUAUGCCAAGAAAUUUCCUGAUUCUCAUCAUUCUUAUCGAGAUCACAAGGACGAUUAUUAUUCUCGGAGUGGUACCCAGAAACCAAGAUGGCAGCUAUAUGUACCAAGUGAAGAGAUGUGGAUGGACCUUACAGAAACCUGUCAUAGAGAGCUAGAGAGUAAACACAGAGCUGUAGUUAGAGCUAAGGAUGAAUAUGAAGAGGCUUUAGAAGAAAUGAGACAGUUUAAAACCUCCACAUUGAUUGGUGAAAAGAAAGAAAUAGCGGAAGUCAGCAACAAGAUUUUCAGACGCUUAGAUCAAGAGACUGAGACUGAAAGCAAAGAAACAAACGCAAAAGUCAAGAAGGAUGAGGAACAUGAAAAAGAAAUGGAAGUAAAUGAUGAUAAUAAUGAUAAUAAUGAUGAUAAUAAUGAUGAUAAUGGAAAGGUCAAAGUUAAAGAGGAGGCUGACAAUUGA